GUUUGCGGCUCUCCUUGAACCGAGCCUUCUUCAGACAUUGAUGAUGGUGGUCUACAGCUUCUACAUCUUCGACCGGCAUACGGAAUGCAUCUACUCUCGCCUCUGGGCCCGACAAGACCGCCCCAUCUCAGGAUCUGGGGCCUCCAAUCGCCCCAUCUCUACCUCGAGUACAGCAUCUGGAGGCAACACACUUGUUCCUGACCUCGGACCAGCACGAGCCCGUCCUGCCCGCCUCAGCGCGCAAGACGAUGCGAAGCUCAUCUUCGGGACAAUCUUCUCUUUGAGGAAUAUGGUGCGGAAACUGGGAGGCCCUGAUGAUAGCUUUAUAUCGUUCAGGACGGGACAGUAUAAGUUGCAUUACUAUGAGACGCCGACGAGUAUUAAGUUUGUGAUGUUGACGGACACGCAAACGUUGAACAUGAGGAAUGUUCUGCACCAGAUUUAUGUCAAUCUGUAUGUGGAGUUUGUGGUCAAGAAUCCACUGUCACCCGUUGAACAUCCAGGAGGAGAGGGUGUUGCAAACGAGUUGUUCGAGCUGGCUUUGGAUCAAUUUGUGAAGGGUGUCCUUUGA